UAGCUUUAAACGGAAAACAAAGCGAAAGUGUGUGUAGGGGAGGUGUGUGCUCUUAGAUUAUUAACGGUAUAAAUCUAGUCAUAACAUCCGGAUCAUAGUCUUGAUAUGGUGGAAACGUGACCUCGAGGGGCAGACCGGUGAUUCAAAAUUCUACAAGGGACAUGGGAAACUGAAAGCAGUGUCCUGGAUGAAGUAAUCUGAAAUUCAUAAAAAAGAUUAUGGGUGAGAUAAACAACGACCAGCCGGACAGUGUACUGUCAGGGAUGGUCAGUAUUCAUUGUACACUGGACACACAAGAUAUUCCAAAUCUGGUGUCUCUAUAUAAACCGCUUGUAGUGAGAUCUGCCCAGGGGAUAGAGUUAAUCUCUUAUCUGCGAGACGUCAUCGAUGACACGGCUCGCCAAGAAAUCCGUCAAACUAAUAUAAAUCAUGGAGGGAUAGCUUCUAUGGAUUGCCUACUUAUGCAUCUGGAAUCAAGUUACCAUCCCCAAAAAUGGGAGAAGUUUGUGGUCGCAUUGGAAAAAAAUGAGUACCAAUACGUCGCAAAAGCACUUCGAGGAGGAGAGGUACCAAGGGACGUAUUUGUCAAAUACCGAAAACUCCUAAUGAAUCACCAUCUUAACUUCUUGAGAAGUUUCAACCCCUCCGAUGUCCUAUUUCAACUUAAUAAAAGAAAAGUGAUAAAUGACAUGGAUAAAGACAACAUUGAAGCAGAGCAAAGGACAACGGGUAAUAUAAGUGCCACAAAUGUUUUACUGGAUCGUGUCUGGCGCCAUCAUCAAAAUUGGUACGAAGAAUUGCUAGACGUGCUUUGCAAGGACUAUCCAUAUAUUGUCAAAAGUAUGGAUCAAGAUUUUUAUGACAGAUGGCAGUCGACAAACAAACCUAUUGAAAUUUCUACAGAGAAAAAAGAAAUUUCAGAAAAUGAACAUGAAAGUUCUAAACUGAAAGAUGUGUCUGAUGUUACACCCCAGAGCUCUUCUACCGAUGAUAAGAAAUCGAUUUCUGAGAGAAAACUUCUUAGUUCGUCCAUGGUUAAAGAAGACUACUUGUCAGCAAGUGGUGGACCCCAGAACACUCUAGGAGAUCGAUUCACCCCACCACCAGAUGACUUAGGCAUGAUGGGCAGUUCUUCGUUAACUUAUUCACUGUUAUCAAAUGAUGCCGAUGGCUUAGAUGAUGAGCUUACACAUGUUAAAAAAGCAGCUCAGGCAGAAUACAAUAAAAAUUCAUUGGACAUAGUUAAGCCAGUGGAGCAAUCCAGCAAGUCUCUAGAGGAUUUCCCUCUUCGAGUUUUCAGUGCUGAUCAAGCAUCACUGUCAAACUAUCAAAACAAUAGUGUCGGCAUUCAGCAACCAAGUAGAUACCAGGCAGAGGACGGUAGUCCGAAUUCCUCCAUUGUAGCACGUCUACUGCAAAGUAUUGAUAACUGUGUCAAUGAUGACAUACAAAGAGAUGGGGGCAACCCUCCAAACAUUGUGGGGCCGGAGUACCCAACCACUGAUUCUGAAUCAAUGGAUGGCAAUAAUGAAAGCUCAGAUGAAGAUAAAUACACUGUUCCCGCACAACAACUAAACUUACGAAACUAUCAAAUGGAAUUGGCAAGAGCGGCCCUUCAAGACAAAAACUGCAUCAUUGUCGCUCCAACUGGAAGCGGAAAAACUCAUGUCGCAAUGAAAAUCAUACAGAAUCAUCGAGAGAGACGUGAAGGUAUACACAUACCCAAGGUUGCCUUUCUUGUUGAACAAAGUGCUCUUGCGGAACAGCAAGGAAAAGUGUGCAAAGAAUUUUUGGCCUGCAAAAUCAAGGUCAUCACCGGAGAGAAACAACGAACUGAGAGCCUGCAGAACUUGUCAUGCUGGGUACAGAAAAAGGACAUUCUGGUCAUAACAGCCCAGAUUUUGGUGAACGCUUUGGCCGUUGGUGACGUACAAAUUGAAGAUUUCUCCCUGAUUGUGUUCGAUGAAUGUCAUCAUUCGCAUGCCAAACAUCCUUAUAAUCAGAUAAUGGCAUAUCAUCUGGAUCUGAAACUAGAAGACAGACACAGGCAACUUCCCCAGAUUGUUGGUCUGACAGCGUCUGUUGGGGUUGGUAAAGCAAAGAACACGGAAAAAGCCAUGGAUUGGAUUUUUAAGAUGAUGGCAAAUAUGGACGCCGAGGAACUCUGUGUUGUUGAGGACAACAGGAAAGAACUAGCUCAGCAUGUUAACAUUCCCGAUCAAGAUGUUGUUAAAUGUCAAGGACGAAAGAAAAAUGAAUAUGGAAGAAUUAUUGAUGGUAUCAUGAAGACAAUUCAUAAAUGGAUGACCCAGUCUACUCAAGCAAAAGAGCUUACAGACCAGAGUGUACUGAAGCCGCCAGUAGAGAGCGGCAACGACCAGUACACGCAAUGGCUCAGCCGACUUUGGAAAGAAGAGGCCAAAAUUGUUAAUGAGAAGGCCAGGCGGUUUAUUCAUACCUGUAGAGUGUAUCUCGAUAUGUACAACAAAGCAUUGAUUAUACACAAUGAUGCGAGAGCCUCAGAUUCUCUGGCUUUUAUCAGAGAGGAACUCAAGCGCUGGGGAGAACAUCAAAUUCCGGACGAAAUCGACAAGAAAUUGAAGUCAUUUUUCGAAAAGAGUCAGAAGAUCUUGCAAACAUGCGCAGAAGACCCAGAUCAUAAUAAUCCUAAACUGCUGGAACUACGAAAACUAAUUUUGAAAGCGUUCAAUGCUGAUGCGGAUUCCCGAGGUAUCAUUUUUGUCAGAACUCGAGAUCUCGUAAAAGCCAUCUACAGUUGGAUGGAAGAAACUGAUGACCUGAGAGCACUCAAACCGGUGAUGUUCACGGGGGCCCAGGCCAAGAGCAGUGCAGGAGGAAUGACAAAGGUACAGCAAAUUGACGCCUUAACGUUGUUCAAGGAAGGAAGACAUAAGAUCGUAAUCGCCACAUCUGUAGCAGAGGAGGGAUUGGAUAUCCAAAAGUGUAACCUUGUGAUCCGCUAUUCAUACGUCAGCAACGAAAUAGCUAUGGUCCAAGCAAGAGGUAGAGGAAGACGUGAAAAUGGAAAGUACUUCGUGGUGGCUACCCAGGGAGACAAAACAGCAGAAAGAGAAGAACUCAACAUGAUCAGAGAGGCCAUGAUGAACCGUGCUAUCGAAAUGCUGAGAGAAAGAUUCCGGAGAAAACCAAGAGAGUGUCUAGAUAAAAUACUGAACAUGCAGAAACAGGCCAAAACAGAGCGUGACCUUGCUGCGAAAAAUAAAGAGGGUGUAGUCGUCCGACAAGGACAGUAUGUUUUACGUUGUCAGAAGUGCAGCAAGUACAUAUGUAUGUCAACUGAAGUCAGAAAAAUCCAAAAUGCCCAUCAUGCCUGUAUUUGCGACGAUAUUAAAGAUCGCGUUUUCGGCCAGCGCCUUCCUCGUCCACAGUUUCAGGAUGAAGAUCUAAAAUGCGCUGUUGGCAAACUGCUAUGUCAGUCUUGUGGAUCUGAUCUUGGAAACGUGUCUAUCUAUAAGAACGCACAGUUUCCCAUUCUGAAGAUUGAAGGGCUUCUGAUAGAGGACAGCAUGGGGAGAAGAGAUGUGAAGAAGAAGUGGAAGAAUGUACCAUUUGGAAUACAAGAAAUAACAGCAAACGACAUAUGGCAAAGAUCACGUGGAGAGAAACUUAUUGACAUGAUAUGAACAGUCGACAUGUCUUCAACCAGAGGCGAAUCAAAUAAAGGGUCGAAGAGCCCCACAAUGGCAAAAAAGUCAAUUUAAAAUUAUCAAAUGGGAAUUACAACUCCGGAAACCCCACUAAAUCUACUCGUAUUUAGUAAUAUAUUGACAUCAGUUAUAAGAAACUGGAUUGUAUACGUAACGUAUUGCUGUGCGUUAGGACGUUGUACAUAAUUAUGCUUAUAAAGUUUAAGUUAAUAAUGAUAGAUGCAUUGUACUAAUUCAACAUGAAUAUUGCUUGCUUUUAUGUGUACAAACAGUCUUUCAUAAGUUAAUGAGAAGGAUAAUUGACCACAAACAUUUCUCUUUGUUCUGAUUAAAACUUCUAAGAUAUACAAUAUUUACCAAAAUC